AUGAACGCUGUGGACGCCUCUGAGCAUUACGACAGUAGUGCGAGUGAACUGGCCCCCUCUCUCCUCACCGUCAUCCUCGAUACAAACCCGCGUGCAUGGGCGGUCCUCGAAGAUAAGCUGCCCUUCUCCAAGGCGCUAGCCAAUAUUCUGGUUUUCAUCAACGCCCACCUCGCAUGCAACUACACAAAUGAAAUCGCCGUCAUUGCCUCGCACACCCAGCGAGCUGCUUGGUUAUAUCCUUCGUUCAACCAGUACAAACCAUCCCAUCGGCGAGAUGCUGAUGGCGAUGUUCAAAUGAACGGGCAGGCGACAACACAACUUGACUCCAACCAGGCGAAUAUGUACCGACCUUUCCGCGUCAUCGAAGAGCAGGUUACUGAGAAUGUGAAGGAGCUUCUGGCCUCGACGAAUGCGUCAGAUAUCCAAUCUACCACAUCUACUAUGAUGGCCGGCGCGUUGACUCUGGCGCUCAGUCACAUCAACCGCCGGAGCAUGACAUGGGCGGAGACACAUGGUGCCGUUAACCUUGACGCGCCGCACGCACCUACAGGGCCGUCAGCUGCGGCCGUCUCGACAAGCGGAAAUGCGAAUGUAGGAUUGCAAAGUCGGAUUCUGAUUGUUUCAGUCAGUAGUUCCACGGAUUCAGCGCAUCAAUAUAUCCCCAUCAUGAACGGCAUAUUUGCAUGCCAGCGAUUACACGUUCCUGUCGAUGUGUGUAAAUUGAGCGGUGAUGCUGUUUUCUUACAGCAAGCAGCGGAUGCCACUCGGGGAGUCUACAUGUCUCCGACCGAACCUCGCGGGCUACUGCAGUAUCUAAUGAUGGCAUUUCUCCCUGAUCAACGCUCUCGGAAGCAUCUCAUCUUACCCUCACGAGUGGAUGUUGACUUCCGUGCUGCAUGUUUCUGCCAUCGCCGUGUCGUCAAUAUCGGCUUUGUUUGCUCAAUUUGCCUUAGUAUUUUCUGUGAGCCGCCGGAGAAUGGUGAUUGCCUGACCUGCGGUACGCACCUUGAAAUAGGCGAUUAUGGCUCGAAGCCUGCUGUAAUUGCAAGGAAAAAGAAGAAGAAGAAAGCCCGCUUGAAUGGGUCCUCUGCGACUGGUACUCCCACACCCGGUGCAACUCCCGGGCUAUAG